AUGGCUGACGACAUACCAACAGACCAGUUUUGUUGUAUUGUUGGUUGUAUAAACCAAGGCAGUGUCCCACUUAAAGAAGUUGAGGGAACGUUUCAGAUUAAAAAUGAGUUAGUCAAUACACGUCCAAUAAAUUGGAAGUUGUGUGAUGUUCAUUUCAACUCAGCUAUCGAAAAGAUGGGGUGUUGUGUUAUAGGAUGUAAUGAAAAAGCUUCUACAUUUACUCUCCCCGAAUAUGAAAGUCAUAAAAAAGAUGAUAAUGUAGCACAUAAUCACAUAUGCCUUAAACACCAUAUUCAAAUGACUAAAAAUACUCUUAAACCAAUUAAAAGACAAUCAGAAGAACCUGACCAAAAGGAAUUACCAUUAAAAAAACGAAGUAGUGAUAAUAGUGAUACAAUCACUGAUGAUACAAUUACAACUGAAUUUCAAAAUGGAAUUGUUGUUGAAAAAAAAAAUAUUAAAAAAGAAAUAGUAGAAGAUGGGACUACUUUAAAGUCAGAAGAAUCUAAAGAAACAAUAACUCCAAUAAAUCAAACUGAAAACAAUGAAAGUAUACAAGCAAUUAAUGAUAAAAAAGGAAGUCUUGAUAUAAAAAAAUGUUGUUUCUCAUAUUGUACUGAAACUGCUAUUGGAACACUCAAAUUCAUUCAUCCACUUCAAAUUCCUGUGUGUUAUACUCAUCAAAAAAUUAUUACUAAGUUGCUUAGAAAAGCAUUAUUAGAUCAACAAAUAGUUUUAUCUACUUCAACUAAUGAAAUGAUUGCUUCAUGCUCAUCAAUUCAUUUUCAUCCAUUAUCGAAUUAUAAAAAAAUUGGAAAUGAUGGAAGAUGUGCCUUGUGCUUUGGGUAUAAUAACAAGAAACCAAUUUAUAUUUGUUCUUCUUGUAGUAAUGUUUUUUGUGCAGAAUGCCAAAGGGUUAUUGCUGAAAUAACUAAAACAAAUAUACAACAACCAUCUACACACUGGAAAUGUUGUGUUUGUUGUACAAAAGGAAUAAGAGAACGUGAGGAUGUGUUAAGGAGAGAAGUUAUUAUUGUUAGAGAAGCAGCAAGUAAAAGGCUUAGUGUUUUUAUCCAGAAAGAAGGUAAACAAGUUCAAGAAAAAAUACAACAAGAAAAAGAUAGAAGAAUAGAAAAGAUUGAAAAAAGAAAAAAACAAAUCAAACGUAUAAUUAAGUGGUUUGAUAUGGUUUUUCCUAAAGCUGUUCAAUUAAGAUGGAAAACCCCAGAUUGUACUUUAGAAAAUAGUCCAAGUGAAGGUUGUUUAUUCGUAUUUUCUAAAACACAAACAAAUUAUUUUAUUUCACAUCAACCAAUAACUGGAGAAACACUUAUAGAAACACUUCAUUCUAUUGCUGAAUCUACUAAUAAAAGAGUUAUUAAAGAAGUAGAUAAAACAAUUCCAUUAAAGAAAUUAUUACUUGCUCAUAGUAAAGAAUAUGUUGAUAUUCUCAAAGAAAUUUUUAGUCAACAAGAUGAAAGAACAACAACCAUAAAACAUUAUCUUAAUACAAUUUUAUCUGAACAAUCAUUUCAAAAUGCUCAGUGUUGUUUAGCAGAAUUUUAUCUUCGUGUUUCAUUAGAAAUAGCACAAGGAGUUUGUGAAACAUUAGAAUUUCUUUCAAAAAAUAAAAAUAUUAAAUUUGCAUAUAUUUUUACAGGAGCAAAAGGUGGGGUUGUUCCUUAUCAAGGGUCACUUGAAAAAAAAGAAGGAGGAAAAACAGAAGAUAGUAAAAUUGUAAUUAAAUUAACUCCUGACGUUAAAGUUAAUGAACAAAGUAAGCCUAUUGUCAUGAUUAUGAAAAAAAAUCCUAUGGAAUUUCCAAAUGGUAUACAAGCUAAAAUACCUGCUGAUGUUAUAAUGUCUUCAUAUUUUAUUAAUUAUAUUGGACUAGGAGUAAAACAUGCACUAAAAGUAAUAGGAAUAAAAAGAAUUGCAGUCGUUGUAUUAGGAGAGCUAGAUACUGAAAGAGGAACAAUAGAAAUAUUAAAAGAAGAAAUUAAAAAUAAAGAAGUGUUAAUAGUAAAAUCAGGAGAAGAAUGGGCUGAAACAGCAUUUAAAUUAAGGGCAUUUUCACCAGAGAUAAUAUUUAUAAGUUUCCAUUGUGAAAUUUGUAAUUUUAAUCCUAAUGUUGAUACUCGAAUUAAAAAGGUUGCAAAAGAAAUAAUUAAAAUGACAAAAACUGAUGAUGCUGUUGCACCUCCAUGUCAAAUAGUUACAUUAUUCCAACAUGGAAUAGUUCAAGAUGUGAAUUAUGAAAAAUAUCGUUCAGCAAUCAAAUUGUUUAUUGGAACAUUAAAUAAUGAUUUUUAA